GUGUAUAAAUGUUUUUUUGGGGAUCCCCCUAAUACAAAGAAUUAUUAAUCAACGCAACACACUUCUAUAUCUUUCUUUAUUUCUUUCUUUUUCUUACGAUCAAUUUAUCUUGAUUUUUGUUUUCUUUUGUAUAACAUCUUUAAACAUAUUUUUGCCAUCAUGGUAAUACAUCGAACAUAAUUUUGUGUUUAAAAUAUCAAAUAUAAACGCAAUAUUAUAUAUAUGUAUAUCGUGUUGUAUCGAUAAACGUUUACAAGUGACAAUAUUAAAAAGAAAUAUAAGAGUGGGAGAUAGGAAAAAUGUCUUCGUGCAGUGAACUGUCUCGUUCUCAAGAAUAUCAAAGCUUUCGAAGUUCUGUUCCUCUUAGAAAAAUCGUCGUUGAUGCAGAUGGCACUAAGGGAUGGAAAAUUUACGAUUCAAGUCCAAAGACUGUUAAAUGUCCACUCAUUUGUCUUCCUCCAGUCAGUGGUACUGCUGAUGUUUUUUAUAAACAAAUAUUAGGCCUAGCUGCUAAAGGUUACAGAGUUAUAUCGGCUGAACCACCGGUAUACUGGAAUGUCAAAGAAUGGUGCGAUGGGUUUCGAAAACUUUUGGAUUACAUGGGACUUGAUAGGGUCCAUCUAUUUGGAGCCUCGUUAGGUGGAUUUUUAGCGCAGAAAUUUACCGAAGUCAAUGCUUACUGCCCAAGAGUAGCCUCGUUAAUUUUAUGUAACACAUUUACAGACACUUCUGUGUUUAGUUACAACGAUUCUGCUGCAGUUUUUUGGAUCUUGCCGUCGUUGGUAUUGAAAAAAAUGGUCAUGGGAAAUUUUACAACUGAGAAAGUUGAUGGAGAAAUUAUCGAAGCUAUCGAUUUUAUGGUCGAAAGAUUGGAAAGUUUAAAUCAACCGGAAUUGGCGUCGAGAUUAACUAUGAACUGUGUCAAUUGUUACGUUCAACCGGAAAAAAUUUGUAAUUUACCAAUAACGAUAAUGGACGUCUUCGACGAGUACGCAUUAUCAAAUUCAGUGAGAGAAGAAAUGUAUAAAUGUUAUCCAAACGCUAAAUUAGCUCAUUUAAAAAAUGGCGGUAAUUUUCCAUAUUUGAGUCGAUCAGCCGAAGUCAAUUUACAUUUACAGUUUGUUCCAUGCCAGGUCCAUUUCAUAAGUAAAUAGGAUACAUGAAUAAUUAAAUAUAAUUGUACAUAGUAACACACAGAAAUCAAAGUAAUGUAAUAUUUGUUAGAGAGAAAGAUAGAAAAUGUCUGGCCUACAAAAUGUUAACGAACUCAAGUAAAUGAGAUGAGAAACGAAAGAGACCAUAGAAAAACUAAGUAUCGAUUGUUGCUUCGUACUCUUCCUUACCAAGGCAUCGGUUUCAUGUUCUCAAUCUCGGAUUACCGUCUCUCCAUACCCCAUAUAUAUAUACUCUUAUAAAUACGAUGAGUAUAUAUGUUAACCACAUAAAUGUAUAUAUAUGUAUAUUGCAUGCUUAUACUGAAGGAAGCUUAAACCAUAAAAACUGUCUCUAGUAUCGAGAACUCUAUAAAUGAAAGUAUUAUUCUAGAAAAUUCUUUGUAACAUUCUUUGUGUUGUUAUGCAAAAGAUCAUCUCACAUUUCUAUAUUAUAAUUGAACUGAUUCAUAUCCUGUUAAGAACCUUUAUUAUUUAUAGAUUUUUUUAUUGACUAUUAUCUUUCCAAAAUCAC